CUAUCAGGGCUUUCUGUUUUGUCAGGAGUCAGCCGGCGUGCGAGAGCGUUCGCGGGCUAUAUAGACACCGCUGGGAGCUCAGGGGCUGGUGAGUCUAGUUACGUAUGGGACAUGUGCUACUUACGCCAGAUGAAAUAUUGUGACAGCAGAGACAGGAAAGAGGGCACGCUCCUGUCACUGAGGAAUGGAAGUCACUGCAGCUGUAAACAGUGCUGGAAGAGGUCUAGACCGUCCCUCGCUGAGCGUGCCUCGGGGGUCGUUCCCUCGGUUUAUGUUUUUCUUGGUGCCGACGAAGUAACAUCUUGCCCUCAGGGGGUAGGGCACUCUGUUCUGGUCGGUAUUGUUUGUGUUUGAUGUUCUCGAGUUCAGCACCCAGGGUUCUGCGUGAGGAACUUUGCUCCGAGACUUGUCAACAAAUGCAGCGUUAAAUAAAGCAGCCACUGAGUGAAGUUCGAAUGUGCUCGCUGGGUGGAAAACAAGUCAGCGCGGGGAAGAAGUGAGCCACAUCGCUCCAAACGGUUUCACUUGCUUAAACCAAGGAGACAGAGAGACUACUGGAAAACUAUGCAGAGCCUUGGUCUAAAUGGGUCCGGUUAUGCCUCCCAGUAAGAAGCCGGAAAGUUCCGGGGUCAGCGUCGCGAGCGGCCUGAGCCAGUUCUAUCAGGCGAGCUCCAUCACACGCGCCCUGCAGGAGGCCGAAGAGAUGGACCUGGCUCUGCCCACCAUCAAACUGGAGAAGGGCAGCAUGGAGGACGAGGAACUCACUAACCUCAACUGGCUCCACGAGAGCAAGAAUCUGCUCAACAGUUUCGGUGACCCCGUGCUGAGGAGCGUCAGCCCCGUCCAGGACUUGGACGAUGACACCCCGCCCUCCCCGGCCCACUCGGACCUCCCUUACGACGCCAAGCAGAACCCGAACUGCAAACCCCCUUAUUCGUUCAGCUGCCUCAUCUUCAUGGCUAUAGAAGAUGCCCCCUCCAAGAGACUCCCAGUUAAAGACAUUUACAACUGGAUCCUGGAACACUUCCCUUACUUUGCCAACGCCCCCACGGGGUGGAAGAACUCAGUCAGGCACAAUCUGUCCCUCAAUAAGUGUUUUAAGAAAGUGGACAAGGACAGAAGUCAGAGUAUCGGGAAGGGCUCCCUGUGGUGCAUAGACCCCGAAUACAGACAGAAUCUCAUCCAGGCGCUGAAGAAGACACCUUAUCAUCCUUAUUCCCAGGUGUUCACCACGCCUCCCACCUCUCCUCAGGCAUAUCAAAGUAUGUCCAGUCCUCCAAUUUGGCCAGGAAGUCCCUUUUACAGAAAAAACAAGGGAGUCCUGCUACAAGUCCCUCAGGGAGUGAUCCAGAAUGGAGCUCGAAUGAUGAGCCAGGGCCUCUUCCCAGGAAUCCGACCCCUUCCCAUCAACCCCAUUGUCAGCAGGACAGCCGCUGUCAGGUCAGUACUCGGAUACAGAAUAACCAGUGACGGCGAGCCAACCCGUAACUCUCCACUGGUCAGCAGCGACCCCAAGGAGGACCACACCUACAGUUUUGCCAAAUCUUCCAGCUCGGAUGUCGGAGAAGAGGCCCACUGCGACGGAAGCGAGGUGAGCUUCCACGCCAACGAGGCCGGCAGCGAUGCCGAGGAGGACGACAAGAGCAAAAUCAAGAAGGAGCCCAAGGAGUGGUCCGUGGACGCCCUAGCUCUGGCCCAGCACAAGAAACGGCAACAUUUGACAAAAGUCAAACAGAGAGUGGCCAGUGACACUCUUCCUCUAAAAAAGAGGCGCACGGAGAAGCCUCCGGAAAGUGACGACGAGGAGAUGAAGGAGGCGGCCGGAUCCCUGCUUCAUUUGGCGGGAGUCAGGGCCUGUUUGAACAAUAUCACCAACCGGACGGCAAAGGGGCAGAAAGAGCAAAAAUAAUGAACUGACUGUAUUAUAAAGAAAAAAAAAAAAACAUCACUUUGAAUAGAAUUUACUAUUUUUUUCCAGGACAUCAGGUGAAUUCUACUGAUUUGUGGCAAUAUCAACAAUCACUUUGUUUUCCUAUCUUUAUAGGUAACAUUUUACUGAGGGUUCCUUGUUUUAGUUCACGUUUAGUUCAUUUUAUUGUGAUUUCUUUUUUAAUCUACGGAGAUUGAAGCCAUAGCCUUCCCUUUUUUAAGCAAAGCAUUUCAUUCGACUGAGAGAAAAAAGUGAUAGUAAAAUUUGCCCUGCCCCAUUGUCAUACUUAAAGGGAUAGUUCACUUUAAAAAAAUGAAAAUUCUGACAUUAUUUACUCACCUUCAUGUCGUUGCAAACCUGUAAGACCUUCGUUCAUCUUCGGAACACAAAUUAAGUUAUUUUUGAUAAAAUCAGGGCUUUCUGACCCUCCAUAGACAGCAACACAACUGACACGUUUAAAGUCCAGAAAGGUAGCAAGGACAUUGAUAAAAUAGUCCAUGAGACAUUAGUGGUUCAACUGUAAUUUUAUGAAGCUAUGAGAAUACUUUUUGUGUGCGCAGAAAACAAAAAUAACAAGUUUAAUCAACAAUCAGUCUUCAACGCACAUUCAUGAGCACCUUGACACACAUGCAAACAUUGGGCCUCAUUCAUGAAACAAGCAGAAUGAAUUUUUGUGUAAAUCGUAAAUUUUAGAAAUCAUGAAAAUGUUUGUAUUUUCAAAAUGGUAGUUGGUACAAAAGAAAUGUACACCUGCUCCUUACCACGUGUAAAUGAUGUGUAAAACGUUCUGUGUUCAUUUUGUUCUUUUUGUUUUUUUUUUUUUUGGAGUCGAUAACUCUAAAACGGAGCGCUUGCCACUAUUUACCCAGCCAUAAAUAGAGGAGGAGUAGGACAAAUACCAACCAUCCUACUUGCCUACAACAAUGGAGAAGUCAAAAUUACUGGUUACUGCUUUUUUAUAUUUAGUAAAAUUCUUAAAAAUGAAAUACCAGUAAUACAUUCCCGCCGUGGAUAUUCCAAGUCAUAGCAACCGAAGUGUUUCAGCUGAAAAAACACUGUGCCACCAAAGCGUUUUCAAGCGCCACCAGCUGGUCAUUUUAGGAAGAGCGGCUGACAUUUUUUUUUCGCUGGCUAAAAACUCUUUGGUGGAUGCACGUUAUUGUAUAAUUAUUGUUAGGCAUAUGGCAUAUUAUUUUUUGCAUUUAUGCAAUAUACCGGAGCCAAACCUGAGAAAGUAGACCUGAAUAUUCCACUGCGUUCCUGGACACGCAAUUUGCGUAGCUGUAAUUCAUAGUUGAGGAUUAUGCUAAUUGUGAAUGAGCGUGCACUAACCCACUGUUAUUCAUUAACAUACACGUUUAACUAUCAUAUCGGAUGUUUAUGAAGCGUUUGAGAAUCUGGAGGAGAGUUUUCAGGAAGGUCUGUUUUAUCACUCAGAAUUUACUCAUAUUUUUACGCAAGUUUCAUGAAUGAGGACCAAUGAGUGAACAAUGUUCAAUACAUGGAAGCUCAAGCAUAUGUGACCCUGGACCACAAAACUUUUCUUAAGUCUUAAGUAGCACGGGUAUAUUUGUAGCAAUAGCCAAAAAUUUGUUGUAUGGGUCAAAAUUAUUGAUUUUUCUUUUAUGCCAAAAAUCAUUAGGAUAUGAAGUAAAGAUCAUGUUCCAUGAACUUUUUUUGUGAAUAUGCUACUGUAAAUAUGUCAAAACUUAAUUUUUGAUUAGUAAUAUGCAUUGCUAAGAGCUUCAUUUGCACAACUUUAAUGGUGAUUUUUGUAAUGUUUCGAUUUUUUUUCCACCCUCGGAUUUUCAAAUAGUUGUAUCUCGGCCAAAUUUUGACCCUUUUUGGCCUUUUUACCCUUAUGACUGGUUUUGUGGUCCAGGGUCACACAUUUGCUUGAGGCACAAGAACCAGUGAGGUUCAUUCUCGUACGUCACGCCAACACAUUUUAGCUUUUUAAAAGGUUUGUUCUCAGUUGUGUCUUUUCAGAAGACUGAAAUUGAACUGCUUGAUUCAUAUGGAUUUAAGUUUUGAUUUUGUUUUUAAAUUACGUUUUGAAGCUCAAUAGGACAAAAUGUCUCAUAUUUUGCUACAAAUAUAACAUUUGUGUUCUAAAGAUGAGGAGUCUUAUGGGUUUGCAACAACAUAAGAGUGAGUAAAUGACAGAAUUUUAAUUUUGGGCUGAACUAAUCCUUUACAAAACAUGACAGCAAAUUGUGUUCUGCAGUCAAAAGUAGUUAACGAGUUAGCGAUAAUUAUGUGUUAUAGUAAUCUCUGCUGUAAUAUAAGAUGUUUUAGAAGCACAGGGCAGUGCCAAAGACAAUCCUCGAGCAGUUUCUGUGAUGUCACUCUCAGCAGCGUCGUGUUUAAAACACUCAUGUCUGUCGUUUGGCUCGUAUGAAUCAUAAUUCACCGGGAUGAGAGUAAAGCCAUAAGCUUUGGUCAAAGUGCUUUUUGGAGUCAAAAGUGAUACAUUUAAGGCUCUCGGAACUGCCCACGUUUUUUCCUAAGCAAUCAAAUUGAGUGAUAUUUUCCAUCUCGAGCGAUAGCGGAUGGCACAAUGAAAAUGAAAACUCUGAGCUAAAGCUACAAUACCUGCCAGGUGUAUUCUAAUAGCAGACUGUGGAGUUGUUUUGUGUUUGUUCAAUUGUUUACGUUUCUUUGAAAUGUUUUAUUUGAAACCCUCGUGAUGUAAUAAGCAAUUUCAUCCAGUCAGGAUAAACACUGUAUAAAAGUAACACUAGACCAUUUUCCUUUCUUAAUUUAAGCAAUGUAGCCAGCAGGAUUUUCCAAAUCGUGUUGCAUGGGUUCUGUAAAGAAAAAGAAGACCGUUUUUUUAAAACUCAAAGUUCAUGUAAGGUAAAUAAUGUAUUUAGCAUGGAGCAUGAAUUAUUUUCAUAUAAAUAUAGAUCCUAGAGAACUAAGGCGCCGCCUCUAAUUUCUAUGCCAAUAGGCCUAGUCUCUUUCGUUGUUUUUUUGUCGAAAUUUGAUUUCCAUUUGUCGUCCUCAUCGCCUUUGUGUUGAAGCAGGCAUCUUAACAAUUACCUUCUUCAGGGACAAACACUGACUGUUGGGAAACUCUCUCUGCAAUACGAGGACUCGGGCUAGCGGCCGCCCCCGAAUACCCACGAAUACCCGCUACGUCAAUGUCCGUGUCGUCAAGGAGAAGUUCGUAGUGAGUGUCGGUCCCCCUUCCGGCUCCGUGCCUGCUUUUCUUCCAUGUGUAAUCCGGAUGUGCGUGUCUGUGAUUUAUUCAGGGUCUUCCAUUUUGUCCCACGAGACUUUGGAUAUGCCGUUUGGGUUUGUUUUUUUGUUUCUUUUGGUUUGUUUUAUUCCUGUAUUUACAUGUAGCACUGUUCAGGAGUCAUCAGUAUUGAUUCAGUUGUUCUCGGUACAGGCAGUCAGACGGUUAUUUACGCCUCCGCGCAUAUAUAUUUAAGCACUUAUAGACAAUACAAACAAGUGAUACCAGAGCUCAGUGCAAACGCUAGUGUAUAUAUUCUCACGACCUCACCGAAUUGCACUUUUCUUGUUUUAACGUUAAGGAUUCAGUGCCAAAGCCUGUAAUGACUCUAUACACUGCAAAACGGACGAUGCAUACUUGAUAUGUCGGUCAUAAACAUGUCAAUAAGUUGUAGCAUUUCUGUCAUGUAUAAGAUAUUCUCAGUCCUAUUUGUUAAUGUCGCACUGCAUUGCUGUUUCACCAAGUCACACUGCCUUCCCCGUUCAUCUGGCGACGACGAUAAUGGUUCGACCCGAUGUUUUGUAGCGUGCUGAAUGUUAUAUCUGACCCAUGAGUGUUAAUGUGAUGUCUCCAGUUGGCAUGCCUGUUCCCUUAACCAAGCUAGACAUUUCUUGACACAGAAUAACCCUGAUUAUAACCUCGUCUGCUGGUCUUUAUAAACAUCUGUCGUAUCACAUUUCCGUUCAAUAUGCUUCAAACUGGGAAACCGGUAGCCGAGAGAGCUAUGAGUCCUUUAUACACUGCCUUCCUUCAAAGACAACACUCACUACGGAACUUUUCCUUUCUAGUUCUUUCAGAGGAACCUGAAACAUGUUAAAAAGCAUCAAGAAGAGCCAGACAAAAAAAAAUUAAAUGUUGAUAGGAGGCGGAGUGAUUUUUUAAUUUUUUUCCCCCAUUGUGUUUUUUGUUCAAAGGUUCCUGUUAACUGCCAUUCUGUUACGUGUUUGAGUUGUUCAAGAUGAAAGUAAGGUAGUCCAUUUGGUUUGUAAUGAAAUAUUCGGUCUGAUGGCAUGUGCACCCUGCUAAUAUGUCAAUAUAGAGGCGUAAUUGCACUCUGUAUUUCCUUUGACUUGUAAUCAUAUUGCCAAAGACAACAAUUUUAUCGAUUCAUGUAAAUACCACUUUGUCCAUUGCUACGACAAAUUAUAUUUGUUUUUGUUUCGUUUUGUUUUUUUCUCCAACCCUACCAUCAAGUUUCUGUGAUGUAUUGUCUUCCAGUUGCAAUAAAAAAAAAAAAGUUGCAAAGGUGA